GAAUAGAAUAAGAAAUAAUAAAAAUAUAGAAGAUCGAUGUAUAGGCAAGUGUCAAAAUGAUAAGCAACCUAGGACGAGAGACGGAGCCAGAGAAAGGAAGCACAAAGUGCAGAGAAACGAGAGCGGCAGAGAAACGAGAGCGGGAGAGAAACGAAUUGGAGCGAUGACCACGAGAGACGAACAAAAAUCGGAGAGAGCUUUGGGGACGACGGAGAGAGAGAACGACACAGCGAUCAGUUUUUGGACGAAUGUUGACGAGAGCGGUCAUAAAGCACCAAGCAUCCUAAACAUCUGAAGCACGAGACAGCAGUAAAAAUAAAGAGAUAAUAAAAAAAAGGAAAAUGAAAAAAACGAAUGUUGAAAUUGGCGAAGACAGUUGCGGAUAUCACGACAAUGGCGCAAACCACGCUCCCAGAUCGAAGCCCAAUAAAGGAAACAAGUUGCGGAAGGCGCUUAAGUUGGAGAGAAAAAGAAAUAUGCUACUAGUCGCUAAACUCCAGAAGAUGAAGUUUAAGAACAAUCGACUGCAGAGAGCUAUGCCGUUUGAGGAAAGCAUUGACAUGGAACCACGACACUCGACCGCAAUUGACAUAGCGAGCAAUGACAGCUCCACACUAGCUAUUUCAAUGAACUCACUCUCUGCGGUAUCUAUAAACAUUCCGGAAUGUAAACCGCUCGAUAUAAAGGACGAGAUCGAUCGCAAAUCUUUUGAAAAUUGGAAAGAUUUAUUAGAGGCAUCCAUGGAGCUCGCCGGCAUCACAGACGAACACACUAAAAACAACGUCUUUAAGGUAAAGGCCGGACCAUUACUACUGGAAACCUUGGGAGGAACACCAACCCUAGCAUUCCCCGACGUAGCUAUUGCACCAUACUCAAACGCAAUGAAACGGUUGAAAGAUCUGUUUGGAUCCCGGGAAUAUCGUCUAGUACAGCGUCAAAAGUUUAGAUCCUUGACUCAAGGUGCAGAUGAAUCUGACUUAAAAUACGUAAAGCGCGUGAUAGCUUCAGCCAAGCUGUGCGAUUUCGAUGAAGAAAAGUUAACGGAGAGCGUGACUAAAGUUCUUCAACUACAUGCACUAAACUCUAAAAUCCGGGAAGCGGGUCGUAAGGUUAUGCGCAAGGGAGGUACUUCAACGGCACUUGUGGAUAAGAUCAGAGGUUACGAGUUGGACAAAACGAACGAAGAAAUCUUCAAGAAGACGCAUCAACCGGAAGCGGAAGCCAUAGUUGCGGCGGUUACACGCGGACGGAAAACCAAGCCGAUGAUGCUGAGCCAUCGUACAUGGAAGCCCGUUCCGAGCUGUUUUACAGACAAUGAUGCUCCGCUUAGCGACAGCGAGGAGGACAGCAUGGCCGACGCAAACAUCGGUGCAGCAAGUGACGUCGAAGACAUCCAGGUGGUCCAUGACCACCACCUACCACCGCGCAAAAUGGGAACUGGCUGA